AUGGAGACUGGACUCUUUCCACACACCACCUCUUCUGGCCAGAUCCUUAGCAGUCAUCGCCAGUGCCAACUCUCUGUAUCGGACGUUCGUUGGGACUCCUUGACCUCCUACGGCCUGAGCAAGCUCACACCAUCCGUUCUCCGUUGGAUUGGCGGCAUCAAAACCGAUGACCGAGGCAUGCUAUACCUGGAUCGGAACAUCCUGAUCGCCCUUUGGGAGCGGUACCACCACUUUUAUAGCUCCGUAGAAGCCGCCUGUCCCCAGCUUCGACCGUCGAUCGGUGGAUCAGCUGUUCGGAAUCCCAGAAGGGACAAAUGGCACAAGUUCGAGAACAAGGGGAAUCCUACCACCAAGAGAUGGUCAAAGUUCCUCAGCGAUGUGGAGAAACUAGGCAAAGUCCCGUUCGAACACCUGUCAUGCGAAUACCCUGAAUUCUGCCCUCAUCCCAACGCCGAUCCCCAUCGCUUUGAGACCAGCCUCUCUCAAGUCCUCUAUUGCUUCCACUCCACCUACACCUUCUGCAUCCAUCUCUGCCUUCCCAGAUUUCCAUUCCCAUUCCGAACCCCUUCCCGAGUCACUCCCCCCGGUUGGAACUGUGAGCUCUUCUACCUACAGCCACCCGGUCAGCUCUACUGGGGUCCAAUCGAGAAGACGGAGGCAGACUUCCCUCAGAAGUUUCAGCCGAAGAAGCUCCUGAAGCUGGAGGGGGAGGACUACGUUAGGCUUGCCGCCAUUCACACGGUUACGAAAGAGCGACUCAGAAGGCUGGAGUUGUCGGAGAUGGAGAAUUGGCGCAAGGAGACAGAGAAGGCCAGGGAGAAGGAGACGAUGAAGGACUACAUGGAGAGAGUUGAAAAUCGGGUACACCUGGUGGGCAAGCUUCUUAUCGAGCUUCCACUUAUCCAGACUAGGUGCAGGAUGGAGACGUCUUCAGAGCCGUCCGACCACCUCCACGACACCUCAACGUGCCCAAGGCGUCCCAAUGGACGCCCUGGGCUCGAUUCGUAUCCUGGCGCCGCGGUACAAGACCGCGGCACCCUUCGUCUGCCGUGCGCCGCACGCCCCGACCGCGUACAAGACACGGCGGGGCGUGUCCUCGCCCUCCUCGGCCGUCGUCCGCGCCCCGCGCUCAAAACGGGCGGCCGUAUGGCCGUCCGCGCCGCGCGCUGCCCGCCCUCCUCCUCCUCCUCCUCCCGCCCUCGACUUCGCCGUCCUGCCGCCGUCCUGCCUCCCCGACCACCUCAACGUGCCCAGGGCGUCCCAAUGGACGCCCUGGGCUCUGCAAUUCGCACCCCGGCACCGCGGUUCAAGACCGUGGCGCCCGUCUCGUCCCGUGCGCCUGCACGCCCCAACCGCGUACAAGACGUGGCGGGGCGUGUCCCUCGUCCCACCUCGGCCAUCGCCCGCGCCCCACGCUCAAAACGGGCGGCCGUACGGCCGUCCGCGCUCCUCCUCCUCCUCGCCCUCGACUUCGCCCUCCUGCCGCCCUCCCACGUCCCCGACAACCUCAACACGUCUAGGGCGUCCCAAUGGACGCCCUGGGCCCUUGGAUUCACAUCCCGGCGCCGGUCGUCCUCCCAGUAA